UUCUCCGGACACGAUCCUUUAAUCUGUUUUCCUGGGGCAGUCCACCUUUUUAACGAUUAACCUCCCAGCUACCGCGGGCAAGGUGGCAGGAUGCGAGUGGGGCGGGGAGGGGCGUUUCACACGUUCAGAGGCACCAAAAUUAGCUGCCAGUGCUAAAAGGCUUUGCUUUCUUCGGUUUUUGACAAACAAAUGGGGUGGGAUGCUUGCUUGGCUGCCCGCUGCCCCAGCCCGAGCCCUGGGCUCACUUAGCAGCCUGAUGCCGAGUUUCAGACGCAGUCCUGCUGUGCUUACACCCGGGCUUCUUCGCUCCCUUGCCAAAGUCUGCAGCCCGGUGGAUGCUGGGCGCGGGCUUUCCCUGAGCGCUUUAACGCAGCUUAGGCUAAAGCCCCAGAGCUCCCACCUUCUCACCUCCUGUUUAUCGGCCCGCCCCUCUACCACCGCCAAAGGACGUGCCCCUUCAGUAGUGUCGGGGAUCCCAGCCCCAGCGCGGGGGAGGGCGCCUCCCUAUCCCCUCCUCCCGGUCCCCGCCUCGACUCGGGGUUUUACUGCAGCAGCCGGAGGUGACAGCGACGCCUCAGCCGCCUCUGUUGCUCUCGGAGCCCCGGCUUCCCCUGCACCGGGAAAGCGCCCCCUCCCGAGAGGCUGGUCCCUGGCGAAGUGCGAACGAGCUGCGGAAAACCAAAUUUUAAAAUGUAGAAGUCGUUGAGCUGCAUUCCUCCGAGGACCAGUCUGAUCGCCCAAGACUGAGAGUGGCAGCGUAUGAGAAGUUGGGACCGUAGAGCAAGUGGGGGGAGGGGAGUGUUGCAGCAGGCAUUCUAUUCUGGAAGGAGUCGCUGGGAGCAGUGCGGUUGGACACAAGUUUGCGUAGGAGUGUUUUCCUUUUGUCAAUAAUUAAUCACCGGAAUUAGCCUGGUAGAAUUUGAGUUUUAGCAAUAGUCCCGAGGGCGGGGCCGAACACCUAACUCCGGGAGGCUCCCAGGCGCCCGGCGCAGUGGGAAGCUCGCAGCAGCUGGGGAGGAGCCAAAGCCUCGGCGCUCACCUAAGCCGCAGGGAGAUACACCCAACUGGGAGAUGAGGAAACAGCAACCCAGAGAGGAGAAGUAACCCACACAAGAUCAUUUUGUGAAGGAGCAAGGCUGAAGACCCAGACCUGGACUUUCUUAGGGGGAGGGCUACGGAUCACAUCUUCUGCAAUAUUUCCAAGUCAUCUUUUCAAAAGCACAUAACUAAAAACAGGAGAUGCAUGGUGUGCCUGAAUAAAGACAAACUUAACUGCAGCUUGAAGGAGCCAACCAUGGAUUUGAGGCGUGUGAAGGAAUAUUUCUCCUGGCUCUACUAUCAAUACCAAAUCAUUAGCUGCUGUGCUGUUUUAGAGCCCUGGGAGCGAUCUAUGUUUAACACCAUCUUACUAACCAUUAUUGCUAUGGUGGUAUACACUGCCUAUGUCUUUAUUCCAAUCCACAUUCGCCUGGCUUGGGAAUUUUUCUCAAAAAUAUGUGGAUAUCACAGUACAAUUUCUAAUUGAUCUUGUUCACAUUCAGUGAAAUGGCAUUGCAUAUUUAUAUGUUGCUUACAACUUAUUGAUUUAGGUAACUAUUGUGUCUUCCUUCACUAUCUGACCUGAAAAGCACUCUCUUCUCUAUGCACUCUUAUAUUCUGCCUUUCUGCCUGGAGUUUGAAAUAGAUGUCUCUUUAGUUUCUUUCACACAUGCUACACUGUGCAUUAGACCGUAGAUAAUACAGUGACUUUACCUCACAAAUCAUAUUCUGUCAACACAAAUCUAUGAAUUUAGUUUAUUUAAAAUCAGAACAAUUUCCUACAAAAUUUUUCUGGAAAAUAGGCUCCUAACAGACCUACCAGAAUCAUGCUUAAAGUGCUCCCUUGACACUUAUUCUAUACUGAAGGAUAAAUUUUAAAAAAUCUUUAUAGGCUACUGUCAGAAGUAUCCUAUCCUUGUUUACGAUGUAUAAAAAGAUGUGAAUAAAUUAUAUGGACCCCCUAAGUCUUAUUUUCUAGUAAACUGAUGAUACUGGAAAUUCUUUUACUUCAAAUGCAAAAGAAUAAGCUGGAGGCAAUUCUUUCCUUUCAUACACAGUUCAUGAAUCGUUUUAAAUGCUUCUUAAAGUCUGGCUUUAUAACCGUUUAAAAUCAACAAUGUUGAUUUUAGAUAACCAAGUAAGCAUUAUAAUACAAAAUAAUUUUAAGUGUAAGAAACUAAAGUAUAAUCAAAGUAAAUUCAGAUAUUGUGAUUUGUGGCGUUGCCUUGCCUUGCAUGAUGCUGGCGGAAAAAGAGAAAAGAAAUGGUUUUCUUUUUGUACUUUCAUUCAGUGUAGAGGGAAAAAAGCAUGUAUUGGGCCACCGGAAGAAAAGCUAAUAAAUAGGCUGGAAGUAAUAGUCUACCAGCAGGAACUCAACAGCUCCAGUUAAGUGCUUUGAUAUAGUGGCUCCUUUGCAGAGCCAAAACAAGAUUUAUUAAAUUUUAUUCAAACUGUUUAUCUUUAAAACAAAUAUAAGGUUUUAAUUAUACUGCUGAAGCAAAUGUGAAUGCCAAAGACUACGUUUUGCAGUUUUGCUUUCCUCCCAAUAAAUAUUAAUGUAUGUAAUUCUAGAGGGUAAAACUGUAAAUAGGUUUGAACAAUAUUUGCACCCUUGUUUGUGUUAUGAAAAAAUUUUUCCAAGGCGAGCUAGAGAGAAAGAUGUUUGGCAUGCCAAAUUAACUUGCAUGUUUGUUAAAAAAACAAACACAUGUUUUGAAGAGAAACCAGAUCUGAACAUGUAUUUGUUGAG